AUGCUGGCUGCCCGAAGUUUCGCGCACCGACGGUUUACACCUCUGCUUGCACGUGCUAAUGCAUCUCUAACGACGAACACCGCUGUUUCUAACAAUACUCUACCACCAGAACUCCCUUUACAUUCCGAUGUCAAAUCGAAAAAUCCCUCCACAGACUCAGGCUCAGGUCUUGCAGCUUCUAGCACUUCCACAGGGGCUGACAAGGCAGCUACUACACCGAAUAUCAAUGAAAAAGCUGAAGGCGGUGAAGGUGUGCGAGGCAGGAGGCGUAGACGCGUCGUGAAGCGACGCCCACCAAUAUCGUUGACAAACCCACGGAAGUGGAAUCCGCCCGUGAAACCAGGCUCGCUGCCUGUAUACGACGAAGCUCUUAAACUCAUUCAAGAAGACUCGGUAUCUCUGAAGAGAGAUCUCAAAACUCUACGGGCCCGUGUAACUGAUCUGGAGAAGGACACUGCAAGUCUGGAUGCGGAGACAGAGAAAGAAUUACAAGCGCUGAAAGAGAAGGCAAACGUUUUGGAAAUCCAGAGUGAGAUUAAUCUCCCAUGGGUGCGCUGGUAUGCAGCAAAUGGCAUGGCGGACUUGACGAAACCCGUGUAUAGACGGCUUGUGGAGCACAAGUGGAGAAACUACGGAGGUCUUGAUCUUCUCAUGGAGCGGAUCCACCAAAUGCAUGUAGUUCCGGAUUUGCUUCCUUCUGUGCACCCUUCUAUCGAUCUUCGUGUUUCGUUCCCGGAACCGCCACCUCUAAGCACCUAUCUCAGGACUAGGACGAGGAGAAAAUACAAGCCUGUCGAGCCUGGUGUAUACUUGCUACCCGAGCAGACGAGGCGAGCCCCUCGGCUAUACACAAGCGUUUUUCAUCCAGAGACCCGGUAUUACACCCUCGUCCUUAUAGAUGCUGAUGUCCCGGACCCAGAAAAUAGUACUUUUACCACAUACCUUCAUUGGCUACAGCCGAACAUCGCGCUUUCAUCUGCAUCAUGUGGACAUCUGCCGACAAUUCCGCACACGAAAUACAUACCUCCACAUCCCCAGCGUGGUUCUCCAUACCACCGGUACUGUCUGUUUCUUCUCCCGCAUGUGAAUGCCAGCGAAAAGCUCUCCAUACCGUCGGUUUCGGACGAAGCUCGCAUCGGUUUCGAUGUGCGUGCGUUCUGUGAAGAACACGGCCUUGAUGCUAGCCAAGGGGGUGGAGCACACAUGUGGCGAGAGGUUUGGAAUGAGGCCGUUACUGACAUUUACAAGCACACGCUCAAACAACCGGAGCCACGCUAUGGAUUGCCUCCUCGUGCUGACCCGUACGCAGAUGUGAAAACACUCAGGAAGUUUUCAAAAUAAGGUGACCUAAUGUUUGAGACGGAAUUACACGUAGUGAUUUUACUAAAGCAAUUUAAUGGAAAG